AUGACCAUGCCAGAUAUAAUUGAACCUUACAUAGAAACAGACUUUGAAAAGGUCUUCACUUCAGUCCUGUACACGAAAAGCUCAAAACAUAUUGAUGUUCAUAAAUUGAUAGCUGAGGAGCAGAAAGAAUGUUCAAAAGGCUUUCGUGUCUGCAAAGAGCAGCUUAUAAUCGAUACAGCAGCUGUGAAGCAGGCAGUCCAACCACGAAAUAUCUUGACAGCCUACAUCGAUUGUAAAUCAACCGUUGACUUCAUAUCACAUUCAUGGUUACUACAAAUAUUACGCUUGCACAAAAUCAAUCCGAAUGUAGUUCUUCUCCUGAAACCAGUGAUGAAGAAUUGGAGCACGAAGCUAUCGCUACCCUCACAAGCAUCAAAAGAGAUACCAAUCCGGCGUGACAUCCUUCAAGGCAAAAUGUGCAUUUAG